AUGGUCCCCCCCCAUAGGACGCCGUUUAAGCCCACUUUCGAUCAAUUCACCUAUGUUCCGCUAAUCCUACUGGAAUUUCUCUUGCACCAAUGUAAUCCUCAGGCCGUGACUAUCCUCUGGACAAAGAAUCAGCGUGCACGUAGGAAUCCGUUUCAGACCAGUUUCGAUCAAUUCACCUAUGUUCCGCUAUUCCUACUGGAAUUUCUCUUGCACCAAUGUAAUCCUCAGGCCGUGACUAUCCUCUGGACAAAGAAUCAGCGUGCACGUAGGAAUCCGUUUCAGCCCUGUUUCGAUCAAUUCACCUAUGUUCCGCUAAUCCUACUGGAAUUUCUCUUGCACCAAUGUAAUCAUCAGGCCGUGACUAUCCUCUGGACAAACAAUGGUCACCAUAGGACGCCGUUUAAGCCCAGUUUCGAUCAAUUCACCUAUGUUCCGCUAAUCCUACUGGAAUUCCUCUUGCACCAAUGUAAUCCUCAGGCCGUGACUAUCCUCUGGACAAAGAAUCAGCGUUCACGUAGGAAUCCGUUUCAGACCAGUUUCGAUCAAUUCACCUAUGUUCCGCUAAUCCUACUGGAAUUUCUCUUGCACCAAUGUAAUCCUCAGGCCGUGACUAUCCUCUGGACAAACAAUGGUCACCAUAGGACGCCGCUUAAGCCCAGUUUCGAUCAAUUCACCUAUGUUCCGCUAAUCAUACUGGAAUUUCUCCUGCACCAAUGUUAUACUCAGGCCGUGACUAUCCUCUGGACAAAGAAUCAGCGUGCACGUAGGAAUCCGUUUCAGCCCUGUUUCGAUCAAUUCACCUAUGUUCCGCUAAUCCUACUGGUAUUUCUCUUGCACCAAUGUAAUCCUCAGGCCGUGACUAUCCUUUGGACAAAGAAUCGGCGUGCGCGUGGGAAUCCGUUUCAGCCCAGUUUCGAUCAAUUCACCUAUGUUCCGCUAAUCCUACUGGAAUUUAUCUUGCACCAAUGUAAUCCUCAGGCCGUGACUAUCCUCCGGACAAACAAUGGUCCCCCCCCCCAUAGGACGCCGUUUCAGCCCAGUUUCGAUCAAUUCACCUAUGUUCCGCUAAUCCUACUGGAAUUUCACGUGCACCAAUGUAAUCCUCAGGCCGUGACUAUCCUCUGGACAAAGAAUCAGCGUGCACGUAGGAAUCCGUUUCAGACCAGUUUCGAUCAAUUCACCUAUGUUCCGCUAAUCCUACUGGAAUUUCUCUUGCACCAAUGUAAUCCUCAGGCCGUGACUAUCCUCUGGACAAACAAUGGUCCCCAUAGGACGCCGUUUCAGCCCAGUUUCGAUCAACUCACCUAUGUUCCGCUAAUCCUACUGGAAUUUCUCUUGCACCAAUGUAAUCCUCAGGCCGUGACUAUCCUCUGGACAAACAAUGGUCCCCAUAGGACGCCGCUUAAGCCCAGCUUCGAUCAAUUCACCUAUGUUCCGCUAAUCCUCCUGGAAUUUCUCUUGCACCAAUGUAAUCCUCAGGCCGUGACUAUCCUCUGGACAAAGAAUCAGCGUGCACGUAGGAAUCCGUUUCAGCCCAGCUUCGAUCAAUUCACCUAUGUUCCGCUAAUCCUACUGGAACUUAUCUUGCACCAAUGUAAUCCUCAGGCCGUGAAUAUCGUCUGGACAAUGAAUCGGCGUGCGCGUAGGAAUCCGUUUCAGCCCAGUUUCGAUCAAUUCACCUAUGUUCCGCUAAUCCUCCUGGAAUUUCUCUUGCACCAAUGUAAUCAUCAGGCCGUGACUCUCCUCUGGACAAACAAUGGUCCCCAUAGGACGCCGUUUAUGCCCAGUUUCGAUCAAUUCACCUAUGUUCCGCUAAUCCUACUGGAAUUUCACCUGCACCAAUGUAAUCCUAAAGCCGUGACUAUCCUCUGGACAAAGAAUCAGCGUGCACGUAGGAAUCCGUUUCAGACCAGUUUCGAUCAAUUCACCUAUGUUCCGCUAAUCCUACUGGAAUUUCUCUUGCACCAAUCUAAUCAUCAGGCCGUGACUAUCCUCUGGACAAACAAUGGUCCCCAUAGGACCCCGCUUAAGCCCAGUUUCGAUCAAUUCACCUAUGUUCCGCUAAUCCUACUGGAAUUUCUCUUGCACCAUUGUUAUCCUCAGGCCGUGACUAUCCUCUGGACAAAGAAUCAGCGUGCACGUAGGAAUCCGUUUCAGACCAGUUUCGAUCAAUUCACCUAUGUUCCGCUAAUCCUACUGGAAUUUCUCUUGCACCAAUGUAAUCCUCAGGCCGUGAUUAUCCUCUGGACAAACAAUGGUCCCUCCCCCCAUAGGACGCCGUUUAGGCCCACUUUCGAUCAAUUCACCUAUGUUCCGCUAAUCCUACUGGAAUUUCUCUUGCACCAUUGUUAUCCUCAGGCCGUGACUAUCCUCUGGACAAAGAAUCAGCGUGCACGUAGGAAUCCGUUUCAGACCAGUUUCGAUCAAUUCACCUAUGUUCCGCUAAUCCUACUGGAAUUUCUCUUGCACCAAUGUAAUCCUCAGGCCGUGACUAUCCUCUGGACAAACAAUGGUCACCAUAGGACGCCGCUUAAGCCCAGUUUCGAUCAAUUCACCUAUGUUCCGCUAAUCAUACUGGAAUUUCUCCUGCACCAAUGUUAUACUCAGGCCGUGACUAUCCUCUGGACAAAGAAUCAGCGUGCACGUAGGAAUCCGUUUCAGCCCUGUUUCGAUCAAUUCACCUAUGUUCCGCUAAUCCUACUGGAAUUUCUCUUGCACCAAUGUAAUCCUCAGGCCGUGACUAUCCUUUGGACAAAGAAUCGGCGUGCGCGUGGGAAUCCGUUUCAGCCCAGUUUCGAUCAAUUCACCUAUGUUCCGCUAAUCCUACUGGAAUUUAUCUUGCACCAAUGUAAUCCUCAGGCCGUGACUAUCCUCCGGACAAACAAUGGUCCCCCCCCCCAUAGGACGCCGUUUCAGCCCAGUUUCGAUCAAUUCACCUAUGUUCCGCUAAUCCUACUGGAAUUUCACGUGCACCAAUGUAAUCCUCAGGCCGUGACUAUCCUCUGGACAAAGAAUCAGCGUGCACGUAGGAAUCCGUUUCAGACCAGUUUCGAUCAAUUCACCUAUGUUCCGCUAAUCCUACUGGAAUUUCUCUUGCACCAAUGUAAUCCUCAGGCCGUGACUAUCCUCUGGACAAACAAUGGUCCCCAUAGGACGCCGUUUCAGCCCAGUUUCGAUCAACUCACCUAUGUUCCGCUAAUCCUACUGGAAUUUCUCUUGCACCAAUGUAAUCCUCAGGCCGUGACUAUCCUCUGGACAAACAAUGGUCCCCAUAGGACGCCGCUUAAGCCCAGCUUCGAUCAAUUCACCUAUGUUCCGCUAAUCCUCCUGGAAUUUCUCUUGCACCAAUGUAAUCCUCAGGCCGUGACUAUCCUCUGGACAAAGAAUCAGCGUGCACGUAGGAAUCCGUUUCAGCCCAGCUUCGAUCAAUUCACCUAUGUUCCGCUAAUCCUACUGGAACUUAUCUUGCACCAAUGUAAUCCUCAGGCCGUGAAUAUCGUCUGGACAAUGAAUCGGCGUGCGCGUAGGAAUCCGUUUCAGCCCAGUUUCGAUCAAUUCACCUAUGUUCCGCUAAUCCUCCUGGAAUUUCUCUUGCACCAAUGUAAUCAUCAGGCCGUGACUCUCCUCUGGACAAACAAUGGUCCCCAUAGGACGCCGUUUAUGCCCAGUUUCGAUCAAUUCACAUAUGUUCCGCUAAUCCUACUGGAAUUUCACCUGCACCAAUGUAAUCCUAAAGCCGUGACUAUCCUCUGGACAAAGAAUCAGCGUGCACGUAGGAAUCCGUUUCAGACCAGUUUCGAUCAAUUCACCUAUGUUCCGCUAAUCCUACUGGAAUUUCUCUUGCACCAAUCUAAUCAUCAGGCCGUGACUAUCCUCUGGACAAACAAUGGUCCCCAUAGGACCCCGCUUAAGCCCAGUUUCGAUCAAUUCACCUAUGUUCCGCUAAUCCUACUGGAAUUUCUCUUGCACCAUUGUUAUCCUCAGGCCGUGACUAUCCUCUGGACAAAGAAUCAGCGUGCACGUAGGAAUCCGUUUCAGACCAGUUUCGAUCAAUUCACCUAUGUUCCGCUAAUCCUACUGGAAUUUCUCUUGCACCAAUGUAAUCCUCAGGCCGUGAUUAUCCUCUGGACAAACAAUGGUCCCUCCCCCCAUAGGACGCCGUUUAGGCCCACUUUCGAUCAAUUCACCUAUGUUCCGCUAAUCCUACUGGAAUUUCUCUUGCACCAAUGUAAUCAUCAGGCCGUGACUAUCCUCUGGACAAAGAAUCAGCGUGCACGUAGGAAUCCGUUUCAGCCCAGCUUCGAUCAAUUCACCUAUGUUCCGCUAAUCCCACUGGAAUUUCUCUUGCACCAAUGUAAUCCUCAGGCCGUGACUAUCCUCUGGACAAACAAUGGUCCCCAUAGGACGCCGUUUCAGCCCAGUUUCGAUCAACUCACCUAUGUUACGCUAAUCCUACUGGAAUUUCUCUUGCACCAAUGUUAUCCUCAGGCCGUGACUAUCCUCUGGACAAAGAAUCAGCGUGCACGUAGGAAUCCGUUUCAGACCAGUUUCGAUCAAUUCACCUAUGUUCCGCUAAUCCUACUGGAAUUUCUCUUGCACCAAUCUAAUCCUCAGGCCGUGACUAUCCUCUGGACAAACAAUGGUCCCCAUAGGACGCCAUUUCAGCCCAGUUUCGAUCAAUUCACCUAUGUUCCGCUAAUCCUACUGGAAUUGCUCUUGCACCAAUUUAUUCCUCAGGCCGUGACUAUCCUCUGGACAAAGAAUCAGCGUGCACGUAGGAAUCCGUUUCAGACCAGUUUCGAUCAAUUCACCUAUGUUCCGCUAAUCCUCCUGGAAUUUCUCUGGCACCAAUGUAAUCCUCAGGCCGUGACUAUCCUCUGGACAAAGAAUCAGCGUGCACGUAGGAAUCCGUUUCAGACCAGUUUCGAUCAAUUCACCUAUGUUCCGCUAAUCCUACUGGAAUUGCUCUUGCACCAAUUUAUUCCUCAGGCCGUGACUAUCCUCUGGACAAAGAAUCAGCGUGCACGUAGGAAUCCGUUUCAGACCAGUUUCGAUCAAUUCACCUAUGUUCCGCUAAUCCUACUGGAAUUUCUCUUGCACCAAUGUUAUCCUCGGGCCGUGACUAUCCUCUGGACAAAGAACCAGCGUGCACGUAGGAAUCCGUUUCAGCCCAGCUUCGAUCAAUUCACCUAUGUUCCGCUAAUCCUACUGGAAUUUAUCUUGCACCAAUGUAAUCCUCAGGCCGUGACUAUCCUUUGGACAAAGAAUCAGCGUGCACGUAGGAAUCCGUUUCAGACCAGUUUCGAUCAAUUCACCUAUGUUCCGCUAAUCCUACUGGAAUUUCUCUUGCACCAAUCUAAUCCUCAGGCCGUGACUAUCCUCUGGACAAACAAUGGUCCCCAUAGGACGCCAUUUCAGCCCAGUUUCGAUCAAUUCACCUAUGUUCCGCUAAUCCUACUGGAAUUGCUCUUGCACCAAUUUAUUCCUCAGGCCGUGACUAUCCUCUGGACAAAGAAUCAGCGUGCACGUAGGAAUCCGUUUCAGACCAGUUUCGAUCAAUUCACCUAUGUUCCGCUAAUCCUCCUGGAAUUUCUCUGGCACCAAUGUAAUCCUCAGGCCGUGACUAUCCUCUGGACAAAGAAUCAGCGUGCACGUAGGAAUCCGUUUCAGACCAGUUUCGAUCAAUUCACCUAUGUUCCGCUAAUCCUACUGGAAUUGCUCUUGCACCAAUUUAUUCCUCAGGCCGUGACUAUCCUCUGGACAAAGAAUCAGCGUGCACGUAGGAAUCCGUUUCAGACCAGUUUCGAUCAAUUCACCUAUGUUCCGCUAAUCCUACUGGAAUUUCUCUUGCACCAAUCUAAUCCUCAGGCCGUGACUAUCCUCUGGACAGACAAUGGUCCCCAUAGGACGCCGUUGAAGCCCAGUUUCGAUCAAUUCACCUAUGUUCCGCUAAUCCUACUGGAAUUUCUCUUGCACCAAUGUAAUCCUCAGGCGGUGACUAUCCUCUGGACAAACAAUGGUCCCCAUAGGACGCCGUUUCAGCCCAGUUUCGAUCAAUUCACCUAUGUUCCGCUAAUCCUACUGGAAUUUCUCUUGCACCAAUGUAAUCCUCAGGCCGUGACUAUCCUCUGGACAGACAAUGGUCCCCAUAGGACGCCGUUUCAGCCCAGUUUCGAUCAAUUCACCUAUGUUCCGCUAAUCCUCCUGGAAUUUCUCUUGCACCAAUGUAAUCCUCAGGCCGUGACUAUCCUCUGGACAAACAAUGGUCCCUCCCCCCAUAGGACGCCGUUUAAGCCCAGUUUCGAUCAAUUCACCUAUGUUCCGCUAAUCCUACUGGAAUUUCUCUGGCACCAAUGUAAUCCUCAGGCCGUGACUAUCCUGUGGACAAAGAAUCAGCGUGCACGUAGGAAUCCGUUUCAGCCCAGUUUCGAUCAAUUCACCUUUGUUCCGCUAAUCCUACUGGAAUUGCUCUUGCACCAAUGUAAUCCUGAGGCCGUGACUAUCCUCUGGACAAAGAAUCAGCGUGCACGUAGGAAUCCGUUUCAGCCCAGUUUCGAUCAAUUCAACUUUGUUCCGCUAAUUCUCCUGGAAUUGCUCUUGCACCAAUUUAAUCCUCAAGCCGUGACUAUCCUCUGGACAAAGAAUCAGCGUGCACGUAGGAAUCCGUUUCAGACCAGUUUCGAUCAAUUCACCUAUGUUCCGCUAAUCCUACUGGAAUUUCUCUUGCACCAAUGUAAUCCUCAGGCCGCGACUAUCCUCUGGACAAAGAAUCAGCGUGCACGUAGGAAUCCGUUUCAGCCCAGCUUCGAUCAAUUCACCUAUGUUUCUGCUAAUCCUACUGGAAUUUCUCUUGCACCAAUGACGCCGUUUCAGCCCAGUUUCGAUCAAUUCACCUGUGUUCCGCUAAUCCUACUGGAAUUUCUCUUGCACCAAUGUAAUCCUCAGGCCGUGACUAUCCUCUGGACAAAAAAUCAGCGUGCACGUAGGAAUCCGUUUCAGACCAGUUUCGAUCAAUUCACCUAUGUUCCGCUAAUCCUACUGGAAUUUCUCUUGCACCAAUGUAAUCCUCAGGCCGUGACUAUCCUCUGGACAAAGAAUCAGCGUGCACGUAGGAAUCCGUUUCAGACCAGUUUCGAUCAAUUCACCUAUGUUCCGCUAAUCCUACUGGAAUUUCUCUUGCACCAAUGUAAUCCUCAGGCCGUGACUAUCCUCUGGACAAAGAAUCAGCGUGCACGUAGGAUUCCGUUUCAGCCCAGCUUCGAUCAAUUCACCUAUGUUCCGCUAAUCCUACUGGAAUUUCUCUUGCACCAAUCUAAUCAUCAGGCCGUGACUAUCCUCUGGACAAACAAUGGUCCCGCCCCCCAUAGGAAGCCGUUUAAGCCCACUUUCGAUCAAUUCACCUAUGUUCCGCUAAUCAUACUGGAAUUCCACCUGCACCAAUGUAAUCCUCAGGCCGUGACUAUCCUCUGGACAAAGAAUCAGCGCGCACGUAGGAAUCCGUUUCAGACCAGUUUCGAUCAAUUCACCUAUGUUCCGCUAAUCCUACUGGAAUUUCUCUUGCACCAAUGUAAUCAUCAGGCCGUGACUAUCCUCUGGACAAACAAUGGUCCCCAUAGGACGCCGUUUCAGCCCAGUUUCGAUCAAUUCACCUAUGUUCCGCUAAUCAUACUGGAAUUUCUCUUGCACCAAUGUAAUCCUCAGGCCGUGACUCUCCUCUGGACAAACAAUGGUCCCCAUAGGACGCCGAUUAAGCCCAGUUUCGAUCAACUCACCUAUGUUCCGCUAAUCCUACUGGAAUUUAUCUUGCACCAAUGUAAUCCUCAGGCCGUGACUAUCCUCUGGACAAAGAAUCAGCGUGCACGUUGGAAUCCGUUUCAGCCCAGCUUCGAUCAAUUCACCUAUGUUCCGCUAAUCAUACUGGAAUUUCUCUUGCACCAAUGUAAUCCUCAGGCCGUGACUAUCCUCUGGACAAACAAUGGUCCCCAUAGGACGCCGAUUAAGCCCAGUUUCGAUCAACUCACCUAUGUUCCGCUAAUCCUACUGGAAUUUCUCUUGCACCAAUGUAAUCCUCAGGCCGUGACUAUCCUCUGGACAAAGAAUCAGCGUGCACGUAGGAAUCCGUUUCAGACCAGUUUCGAUCAAUUCACCUAUGUUCCGCUAAUCCUACUGGAAUUUCUCUUGCACCAAUGUAAUCCUCAGGCCGUGACUAUCCUCUGGACAAACAAUGGUCCCCAUAGGACGCCGUUUCAGCCCAGCUUCGAUCAAUUCACCUAUGUUCCGCUAAUCCUACUGGAAUUUCUCUUGCACCAAUGUAAUCCUCAGGCCGUGACUAUCCUCUGGACACACAAUGGUCCCCAUAGGACGCCGUUUAAGCCCAGUUUCGAUCAAUUCACCUAUGUUCCGCUGAUUUUACUUGAAUUUCUCUUGCAUCAGUGUAAUCCUCAGGCCGUGACUAUCCUCCGGACAAACAAUGAUCCACAUAGGACGCCGUUUAAGCCCAGUUUCGAUCAAUUCACCUAUGUUCCGCUAAUCCUACUGGAACUUAUCUUGCACCAAUGUAAUCCUCAGGCCGUGACUAUCCUCUGGACAAAGAAUCAGCGUGCACGUAGGAAUCCGUUUCAGACCAGUUUCGGUCAAUUCACCUAUGUUCCGCUAAUCCUACUGGAAUUUCUCUUGCACCAAUCUAAUCCUCAGGCCGUGACUAUCCUCUGGACAAACAAUGGUCCCCCCCCCCAUAGGACGCCGUUUCAGCCCUGUUUCGAUCAAUUCACCUAUGUUCCGCUAAUCCUACUGGAAUUUCUCUUGCACCAAUGUAAUCAUCAGGCCGUGACUAUCCUCUGGACAAAGAAUCAGCGUGCACGUUGGAAUCCGUUUCAGACCAGUUUCGAUCAAUUCACCUAUGUUCCGCUAAUCCUACUGGAAUGUCUCUUGCACCAAUGUAAUCCUCAGGCCGUGACUAUCCUCUGGACAAAGAAUCAGCGUGCACGUAGGAAUCCGUUUCAGACCAGUUUCGAUCAAUUCACCUAUGUUCCGCUAAUCCUACUGGAAUUUCUCUUGCACCAAUGUAAUCUUCAGGCCGUGACUAUCCUCUGGACAAAGAAUCAGCGUGCACGUAGGAAUCCGUUGCAGACCAGUUUCGAUCAAUUCACCUAUGUUCCGCUAAUCCUACUGGAAUUUCUCUUGCACCAAUGCAAUCCUCAGGCCGUGACUAUCCUCUGGACAAACAAUGGUCCCCAUAGGACGCCGUUUCAGCCAGUUUCGAUCAAUUCACCUAUGUUCCGCUAA